UGCGUCAGGGCCUUUCUUCUCUGGAACGCAUUCGACAUCGUCGUCACCUUCGUGUGUGACAUCGCACUAUACUAUCUGGUUCAGUCCGUAGCCAACGAGGGCUACAGGGCCUUGCAAAGCACCGCAGCGACCGCAAGAGAAGACACAACGUCAACGUUGGAUUACAUGCAAGAGAACAUGAUGGAGAGAUAUCCUGUAGGACGUGACCACUUUGAUUCGGAUUACGAGACCACGACUGAACGCAUCACUACAAGAGAAUCGUACCCCCGUAAGGUCGUGGCCUUUACAGAGAAAAUCCACUCGAAGCCGUCACUUCCUCAAAUUCUUCUAGUGGCGAUAUUUAAGGUGAUGGUGCUGAUCAUGUUCAAGCAGUACAGUGAUCGCGAGCCCCCAACAGCGCACGCCGGCAGCGACCACGACUCGAGCGGCAUAUCGCAGGCGUCCAUGUCGCCGAUCGCCGCCUGGAAGGCCGCCUACGCGCGUCGCCGCUCGACGCUGCACUCGAUACAGGAACGAACGCUCGACAUGCAGGCCCAAGGCAUCGGCGAAGCGCACACACCGCGUUCCAUCCCCACUCCGCCUUCCGCAGUUCCAGGAACUCCCGCAGGAGUGAGCCCUGGGUCAUCAAGCCCGGGUUUGCUCCGCAAUGACCAAGGUGGUGAUGACGAAAAGCACUGCUUCAUCGCUGGCGUGAAUAUUCUGAAACGCUACCCAUAGAGAAUACGGUCUUGUUUGCGCGAUUUUUCGAAGCUGGAGUUUAUAUAACGUUUUGAAUAAGUGGGAUGGCAAGCGCAGCGCUUAACUUCGGUUGCUGGUUGGGGGCAUGGUGUGGUAAUUCGCAUGGUGACAUAAGC